AUGCCAGACCCGAACCUCACAGUCUCGCUUCUCAAGCCCGAAGAAGCAGAGCAAUACAUGCGCAUACGUCACGAAGUCUUUCGCCCAACCGUCAACAAGAUCCUCUACGCCCGCCGCGAGCCAUCUCAGGAAACCCUCGACAAAGUGACGGAAGACAUCCGCGAUGGCAUAACCAACAAGGGCAUACUCUACGUCAAGUGCGUCGACACCUCGACCGGCGAGAUGAUCGCAGGUGCACGUUGGCGCUACGUCAAGCCCAAGGAAGAAGGCGCAAAGGAACGGACCUGGGAAGAGGUCGACGCUGGUCUCACCGUCCCACCACCAUACGAAGAAAGUGACCCGGAGAUGUUCGCGGAACUCUUCAAGUUGUUCAACUCGAACAAGCGGGAGAUUCUGGGAAAGAGGCCUUACUAUGUGCUAGAUACACUGGUUACACUGCCGCAACAUGGAAGGAGGGGAGCGGGAAGUAUGCUAGUGCGAUGGGGUUGCGAGAAGGCGGAUGAGGCUGGUGUUGAGGCGUUCCUUGAAGCGAGUCCCAUGGGUGCGCCCAUGUAUGCGAGACAUGGGUUUCAGCCUGUGAAGACGGUGGAAUUGGAUCUGAGGAGGUGGAGUGGAGAGGACAAGAUGGAGUUUAUUCCGAUCUACGGCAUCACAGCCUCACUAAAAACCUACAAAACAGAGGACUUUGAGUCGCCCGACCCAGAAGAUGAAUGCUACGUAUGCAUGCGUCUAUUCAACGCAGUCGACAACAAAGACGACCCAAACGAGUUCCCAUGCAAGGCCGUAAGACUCUUACCCUGCGGCCACCUCAUCGGCAGCGAGUGUCUAAAGAUCACGACUCUGAAGCUCAACAUGACAACCUGCUCUCUCUGCUCGGCCCCCCUCGCCGUAACAUACGGAAGCCCGAUGAACUACAUCAUGUGCCAUCUCUUGUCGAAUUGCUAUACCCAAGCACUAGUCGACCACGCACUGCUCGUGGGAUCUGUACUAGCAAGCCCACAAGUCGCCAACAUACCCCUGCUAGGACGGUUACACACACAAAAUGACGAACAGAAGAUGGCUCUACUUUCAUAUGCCUUCUUCGCACGAGAAUUGACAUGGGCAGACGCAUUCUCUUUCUGGCUGUACUACAUGAAGCUGGUGUUCGUGUCUUUGUUGGGGUUGAGCUUGCUUUUCUUCUCGAUAGGGCUUCUGAUCGGGCUGGAUGACUUCUAUGGCGCUCCCAUUGAGAUGGCAUUUCUCUCCGCUCUAAUGGGUACGGAUUGCAGGGCUCAUCUGUCCAAGACCGCAAUACGUAUGGUCGUCCAGGCUCUAUGCAUCGCGAUCGACAUUGGUGGGCAGGUCGCUAUGAGACGACAUCCAGAGCAUCUGAAUAAGCUCGUGCUCAUGAGGGCGGCCGCGUGGCUUAGGGAGGCUAUGGCAGCGGCUUGGUUUUGA